UCUUUAUAAAUUAGAGAAUGCAGAAUUAUAGCAAUAACAACGCCCCUUAUCCAGGCUAUGGACAACAACAACAACAUGGAGGAAUAGCUGGAUUUGCUGAGAACUUGACUUCCAGCUUUAGCCAACUUAACGUCAAAGAUCAAUGGAAUCAUCUUUCAUCUCAUGUGCCCCACCUUCCUCAUCUAUCACAUGGUGGCGAGAGGCCUGGAGAGGUUGUUUGUGGUCCUUUGCUUCGAUAUAUUGGCAUCAAUUACACAACUCGCCAGUGGCAAGGAUCUAUUCUAGUCGUCUCUAGCGACCACCACCCGCCUCCGAUUGAUAUUCAAGUGACUGAACCAACAACACAACGUAAGCAGACGAUUAAGCCUCGAGCAGAAUGCCUGGACGUGUUCCGCAACAAGUUUCGUUUUUGGAGAUACGACGUUCGUAUUCAGUUGACAGAUAAUGAUCAAAUCGCCACCUAUUCCACACCUUACAAUAACUGGGCUAGCCCUUACUUCCAAUUCCAUAUGCCCUCAUUUUAUCAAUCCAUGCGAUUCAUGUUUUAUUCAUGUAACGGAUUCUCCGAUAUUCCACAAGAGAUCAAGGACAAAUUUGGUGAGAAAGAAGCACCCCUCUGGCAGGAUGUUCUCGAUAGACAUGAAGUCAUGCCAUUUCAUGUUUUACUCGGUGGUGGCGAUCAACUCUAUCAGGAUAGACUCAUCAAGGAAGAUUUCAUGAAACCAUGGGUGGAAGAGAAAGUGCCUGCGAAGCGUCUGGCAAUGAAGUUGAGUCAUGAAAUGAAGGACGGAUUUGAAGAUUUCUAUUUCUGGAAUUACUGUAAAAACUUCGGGUUCAAAGACAACCCUGUUGUGGCCAAGGCAUUUGCUACUAUUCCUUCAAUGAACAUGUGGGAUGAUCAUGAUAUCAUUGAUGGCUAUGGUUCAUAUCCUGCUGAUAUGCAACGUGCAGAAUGUUUUCAAGUCUUAUUUGCUAAUGCAUGCAGAUUUUAUUACUUAUUUCAACAGCAUACAACAGUGGAAUUAGCCCCUCAACAUGGGAUGGUACGAGGCACACUUGACACAUGCAACCACAUUAUUUCUACUCUUGGUCCAGAUAUUGGAUUUAUUGCAUUGGACUGUAGAGGAGAAAGAACAAAGCACGAUGUCUGUAAACCAUCUACGUACGACAGCGUCUUUGAGCACCUACGCUCUAUGAUGCCAUCGACAAUAAAACAUCUCUUGAUUCUGACGGGUGUGCCCAUCAUUUACCCUCGUCUCACUUUAUUUGAAAACCUCAUGGAUGGAGCAGCAGGAUUUAAUCUGGCUACUAUCGCCGGCAAGACUGGAGCACUGGGAAAUAUGAUCUCUGGUCAGCUAAAUAAAUGGAAUGGCGAUCCAGAAUUAUUAGACGACAUGAAUGACCAUUGGACUGCUUCAAAUCAUGAAGUUGAAAGAAAGAAGUUUAUUGAGCGACUUCAGCAAUAUGCCCGUGAAAGAUCUGUUCGAGUUUCAUUCUUGGGAGGCGAUGUUCACUGCUGUGGUGCUGGAAAGCUGUAUUCUAAAGAUAUGAAGGAUAAAGAAGAAGGUGACCCAUUCUUGAUGGUACAAAUCAUUUCUAGUGCCAUCGUCAACGUUCCUCCUCCUCAAGCACUCUUGACUGUUUUGAACCAAAAUUCAACUUAUAUCACGUUCAAUGGUAACGUUGAAGAAAGAAUGUAUAAUCUAUUUAAACGCUCACCAAACGGCAAUACGAGACAAAACAAGAAACUGAUGGGUAUGAGAAAUUACUGUGCAGGAUACUUUGAUGAGAAAACAGGAAAGAUAAAUUUCUGGAUACAAGCAGAAAAGGCAGUAGGAGUGAAAGGAACGAUGGGAUAUCUUGUUGAUGUACCACGACUUUUGUUUGGUCAAGCAGGGUAUCAUCUCUAUCAUCAAAAUAAGAGACAGCUGCUAUCAGAGUAUAGUCAGUCUGGAGAAGAACAUCGUCAGCAUUUUCAUCUUCCCAAUCCCUUGGAUCGUUUAUCGAAUGCUUUUGAGCAGCACUUGUCUAUGCCAGAAGCUAGCAAUUAUUAACUAGAAUACUAAUGAAUAAAAAAUAAUGUAUU